AUGACGAGUCGAAGCAGCUUCACCGGCUCCGAGUUCUCAGAGGAGGAGCUGGAACUAAGACUGGAGGCUCAGGUAGAUGAUGAUGCCACUGACAGCAGUCGUAAAAGUUCCUACACUGAUAGUGCAAGUCCUGGCAGCACCCUCAGUGAAGCAGAGGAGGGUCGGCCGAAGAAACGCGGCAGACCGGUGCGCUCCAAGGCCCGUAGGGUGGCAGCCAAUGUGCGGGAGAGAAAGAGAAUUCUGGAUUACAACCAAGCCUUUAAUGCUCUGCGUGUGGCACUCAAUCAUGAUCUUAGUGGCAAACGGCUUUCCAAGAUAGCCACGUUGCAGCGUGCCAUCAACCGCAUCUCAUCGUUAUCUGUGUUUCUUAGCUCCAACCCACCCAAUGGAGCCAACAAAACCUGCAACCACCAGGAAUGCCACAGACAACCUGGACAAGUGUCCCCACCCCACCUAGAGCCCCAAGGGUAUGUGUCCUGGGAACAACCACUGGCACACCAGAUUCAGGUGCACAGACUGCCUUCAGAACAACAAGUUUACAUGGACCAUUUGAGACACGUGGGUUCAACCUGUCCAAGAUCGCCACACUAUUCCUGUUACUCUUCUAAUGUCCAGAUUUAUCCAACUGGUGGAUCCUGUACCAGUCUCUCUGGUGAUAAUGUCAGUCCUACGCGGCAUGGACGACUGGGUGACAGCUUGGGCUACCAAGCUGGGGUUUGGGGAUCCUGUUCUCAGAGCUAUGUCGAUGGGCACAGUGAGGCAUCUCAGACUCUACCUUUCUCAUGGCACAUGAGCUAUCUUCAGGAGACAGGUCCUCAACACUGCUAUCCAAUGCUAUGA